CACAGCAGAUGUCUGCCCCAGCCACCCAGUACAGACCAGUUGGUAUCCCUAGGGCAUACUGAAGAAUAGGGCUGAGCUUGCAGUGAAAACGUUCUUGCUACCCCGUUCUUCAUACCCAGAGGAAUUCCUGGUUUUCUCCUCACUGUAAGAGAUCCAGCUGUCCCAAGGCAGGAGUCUGGGUCAAUUGCUUCAGCUGACAUGGAUUUGAAUCAGCUGGAAGCUUUUCUCACUGCCCAAACAAAAAAGCAAGGUGGCAUCACAUCGGAUCAAGCUGCGGUCAUUGCCAAAUUUUGGAAGAACCACCGAGUGAGGAUCCAUGAGAGCCUGGUAAAUCAAAGCCGCUGGGAUAAUGUCUUGAAAAACAUGAACUGGAGAGUGGAUUUGAAGUCACAGUCAAGACAUGUUGAUCAGAUAAAUACUCCAGUUGCAAUAGUUGAAAUGGAACUGGGAAAAAAUGGUCAGGAAUCUGAAUUUCUCUGCCUGGAGUUUGAUGAGGCCAAGGUGAGCCAGAUGCUGAAGAAGCUCUCAGAAAUAGAGGAGAGCAUGACUGCAUUGACUCAAACCACCUGACUCAUAGAAAAUAAAGAUUGCAACUCAAAAAAACAAA